ACGUUUGUGUCAAACUCACGGUCGUUGUUCAGAAAGAAAAACUUGGAAACAGAAGGAAUAAAGUCGUUUCGAAACGCUCGAGGUGAAAUCACAAAUACCUCGUAUUAUGCCAGGACGCGUGUUACUAUAGAUCUAUCGAAACAAACUGCUCGUAAACGAGUGAAAAUCCGCUCAUCUGUAAUUCAUAACAACAUAAAUCAGCGCAACCUGGCCAGCGAUGACAAUCCUCCCGAAAAAGAAACCGGCCUCGACGGCCGGUGGUGGGGGCGGCGAUCAUAAAGACGAACCGGACAGACGAAGCGGCUCUGAGCCACACUCGCAUCCCCUCACAGUGCGUUCGGGAUCGAGACCCAGGGCCUCUCCGCCGCCGUGGUCAUACCAGGCCACGCCGCACACUUCCAGAGAAGAGCGGCGGAUAGAGUCUGGCGCUCGCCCGCAGCCGUCCUCCCCGCAGCCCGGUGCUGCUGGAGCGCCUGUCGCGCAGUGUGAAGGGAGCACAAACCCUGCUGUGGCCGGAGGUCGUGUUGAGUUACCGUGCGGCACGGGUGGAAACUGCUGCUCUGGACCUGGACUCAGCAAGAGGAGACGGCAGGCGGUUUGCUCCAACGGUUUGACAGGUGGAGGGGGAAGAGGAGGAGGUGGAGGGGGUGGUAGUCCUGUUUCGGACCCUGAGGAGGGAGCUGGAGGCAACAACAGUGAGGAUGAGUAUGAGAAUGCGGCCAGACUUCAACUUGUCGAUCCAACCACAGUUGAACAGCAAGAAGAAUGGUUCGAGAAAACCUUGAUGGAAAAGAAAGGCUUCGUAAUAAAAAAAAUGAAGGAAGAUGGUGCAUGUCUGUUCAGAGCAGUUGCUGAUCAGGUAUAUGGGGACCAAGAUAUGCAUGAUGUGGUACGGAAGCACUGUAUGGAUUAUUUGAUGAAAAAUGCUGAUUACUUCUCCAGUUAUGUCACAGAGGACUUCACCACAUACAUUAACAGGAAGAGAAAGAACAAUUGUCACGGCAACCACAUUGAAAUGCAGGCAAUGGCAGAAAUGUACAACCGACCAGUGGAAGUUUACCAAAGUGGCACAGAGCCAAUUAAUACGUUCCAUGGCAUCCAUGAGAACAAAGAUGAGCCGAUACGUGUCAGUUACCACAGAAACAUCCAUUAUAACUCUGUGGUAAAUCCAUGCAAGGCCAGUAUUGGGGUGGGGCUGGGCCUCCCCUCAUUUAAACCAGGGUACGCUGACCAAUCUCUCAUGAAAAAUGCCAUUAAGACCUCUGAAGAGUCUUGGAUUGAACAGCAGAUGCUGGAAGACAAGAAGAGAGCAACAGAUUGGGAAGCCACAAAUGAGGCCAUUGAAGAGCAAGUGGCUCGUGAGUCCUACCUGCAAUGGCUUCAUGAUCAAGAAAAACUAGAAAGACAGCCUCGUAAGGCUAGUGCCACCUGCAGCUCUGCCACAGCAGCCACAUCCAGUGGCUAUGAGGACUGGGGAUGUCGUUCCCCACAUCAGCGGAGCUUCGCCUCCUCUCCAGAGCAUCCAGGUCCAGCUCACCCUGAACCCCCUGCCAAACCCCCGUCCCCAGCAGGUGCCUCGCUGGUUCUUCCUAAACCUCCAUCACCAUGUGCCCCAGGUCCUAGUCAUCAGUCUUCUGGCAACUCUUCCGUGGUGUCUCUUUACCCAACCCUGGGUUACAGGACUAUUAUGCAAGAUGUGUCACCUACUGCCUUUGGUUUAACAGAUUGGGAAGAUGAUGACAUUCUGGCCUCCGUACUGGCUGCUUCACAACAAGAAUACCUCGAAAGCUUGAAAAAGAACACAAUGCACAGAGAAUCGUCUCCAGACUGCAGUUGAUGUAUUAGACGACAGCUUGCAGCAGAAACCACAGAGCAGUGCUCUGUACUAAGCUGCAUUUCUUUAUUUUUCCUCACUGUUCUUUAUAAAUGUCACUGUAUUCUGAUCUUUCUGAUGUUUGUUUGUUUUUGCUAACCCAUUUUCCUUCAUUUCAUUAAACUAUAUGGACCUAGUUAGGUGCACGUUUAAGUAAACAUGGUAAAAUCAAUAUUAAAACUAUUUUCAACUGUUUACUAUAAACAGUCACUUACUUUGUUUGGACAUAAGGAAUAUUAACAUGUAUAAGCAGAUGAUGUUUUGAAAGAUUGUAAUGUGUCUUUAUUUUUCAAUGAUGACCAGUGCACCACAGCAAGCUGAAGGUCUUUGGCUAUUUAAGAAUGACAUGUAAACAAUAAACAAUUUGUUUAUA